GAGUAUUUCUAGCUGAAACCAUUGUAUCCCAGGUUAAUAACAUGUAUAGAUUUCUAAAAUAUUGUAAUUCAUGAGGUUUUAAAAGUGAAGUUUAACAAACAUUAAAACUAGUUCCCAGCUAGUACGAGUCAAUUACGAUGGAUGCAAGGAAAAAUAAAAGAUCAUCUAAUAAUAAGUUGCAGAAGGCUUCAAAACAUGAUUCAAGAGGUGGUAAACCUGUCUCGGAUAGUAGCGGCUCCCAACCACGAAUUUUGUUAAAACCGAAAGAGCAUACAGACGUCCAAAAAAAAGGAGAACCAACUAUCACGAUCGCUACCAAAGUUUCCCAGGCAAGAUCGGAUCAACAACAAACCGUCAAGGAAGGCAUCAAGCAACGCACGCCACACGAGACUCCUCAAUCACUCACAAUAGUGAAUCGUAUGGUUAAAUCGGUUAAUCUUGUUAGCAGCAACAACACCUUGAACGUACAUGCGUUCGACUAUCUACAGGAAAACAAUUCAGACUUUUUUGUAAUCGGGGCCAUCGGAAUGCAGGGUUCUGGUAAAUCUACUGUCUUGAAUCUUCUUGCUGCCGAUCCCACUGAAGAGACCUUUAAACAAGCUGCUUUCCACGUUGGCGGGGGCGUUUUUCCAGUAACGAGCGUUUUUACGCAAUGCGAGACCGGUGAAUUUGAAGAUGAAAUUCGCAUACAUAUUACAAAGGACCGCCUCAUUCUUCUGGAUAGUGCUCCUGUGCUGUCGAAUCGUGGUAAGAAAGAUUUUGUUUUGAGCGAGCUGGAUGAUAUUCGUCGGAUAAUUUUCCUGCUGAGUGUUUGCCACGUUUUGGUAGUAAUACAAGAGGAUUAUUUCAACAUCAAUUUCGUUAGGCUUUUACGCUGUGCUGAAAUGAUGAUUCAACGGGAUCAGAAAGACAUGCAAUUCUUAAAUCCUAGAAUACUCUUCGUGAAAAAUAAUUGCGCGCGAAAAAAUUUCGCGUUACAUGAGAAGAAAUUUUACGAGACAAUGUGCAGGCAACUGUUAGGAGAAACAAAACUUAAAAUCAAUUCUAACCAAGAUGAUAAAGAGCAGAUUAAUAUAUUGUAUUUUCCAAAACUAUCUUACGGCAACUUUCUUUUCACUGAUGAUGAAAGCAGCUUUUCGUGCAUACAAAAACUUCGAGAACGUGUGUUUAUGACCCCCACGGAUGAUACUGAAGAAGGUCGAGAUAUUCUAACGGAAAAGUCAUGGUCUCAAAUAAUUCACCAUGUUCUAGAGGGGCAUAAUAAUAAUUACUUUCUGCGGAAAUAUGAGAACUUGAAAGAAAAGUAUAACUUGCAUAAUCAUGUUAAUGUUGUGGAGAAUGCGGCUAAAGAAAAAAGCUAUCUUAAUUUCGUCGAUACCUGAGACCGAUGAUGAGUUA